UCUUUGGCCUCUCUUUAUGUUUCUGCAUUAUGUUCUACAUAAAUGUCUUCUACUCAUUCUUUAUUGGUUUAUUUGUUUUUAUGGAUUUGAAUUCCAUGGUAAGGCGAUAUGGAAAAAAACUAACCUUAGUUUGGGACAUAGUUAUUAGUUACACUCUCUGAAGGCCCUUGAGGGCCUUUGGAACUGUUAGGUAGAAAUGAAUAUCACUAUUUUCAAAUCGUGUUUUGUUCCAAGAAGAAUUCUAUCAUUGCUUAUGCUUUUUGUGGUUCUAUCCUUGUGUUUUAUUUUUUUGAAAUUUUGGUUGAAAGAUGUAGUUGGAAAUCUACAAGUGCCAGUGAGAGCAAUCAAAUUCCUAAUCGAGUCACAAACUAGGAAAGGAAGCGUGAAAUAGCAUAAUGGGAAUAUGGAAAAUAUAAGCCUAAAACGCCUAAGUCUAAGAAAUGCUAUAAUUCUGAAGUGCUGAAAUGCAAAUAAACUACUAACCUACACUAAAAAUGUGGAAAAGUAUGAUAAACAUGCCGUAAUUCAUACUUUUUCCGAGUAAAAUGCAAGUAAAGAAGAUAAUGAACAGUAAAUGAAACUUAAGCUAAUAAUGAAUCUAAACUAGAAAUGAAACUAAAACAUGCCGCAAUAUGAAAUGAACACCAGAUAUCAUGUCGAAAAAAUUGCGAAGUAUCUAGCGAUGGAAGCAAAAGAAACGUAGGCGAGAAUGCAAGAUGAUGGACUCAAAAAAUGAGCUUCAUGCAUGAAGCCGAAAAUAACACACAAUGAGUAUAAGGAACAUGAAGACAUAUUAGAAGUAGGAAACAUCAAACAUGCAUGCAAUUCGACAAUCAAGCAAUGUUAGAAAUCAUAAGUUAGAACCACACACCACAAAACCUUAGGCUUAAGGCAAUGAGUGUGUGUGUUCUUUAUUAUAUAUACACUUGUAUACUAGCUAAUGUAGGCAAUGUGAGAUUUCUUUGAGUCACCACUUGUUAUCUCUGAAGAAUCUAUAGCAAAACUGCUGGGUAUGGAGUUUCAGCAGGGAAAAAGGAUCAAGAAUGUUGAAGCAAAUGUUGCUGGGAUGAGGACCGUGGUCAACAAGGCGCUCUAUGAUAACUGGUCUUACCAGAAAACCAAGUACAGCAUUAAGGACCUGAAGUCUGAGAUGAAGAUUUGGCAGAAGAUCUUCAUGCACUGCAUUCACCCCAGAACUGGAGGAACUGAUUACCUGAAUGCAACUCAGAAGGUAAUCAUGUACUACAUUUCAACUGGUGAGCUUAUAUGUCUGCCAUUCCUACUCUUCAAUUACCUGAAGGAGUGUGUUGAGAAAUCAAGGACCACAACUGGUUCUGAGAACAAGAGGUUCAUCUACUACAUUCCGUAUGGAAGGCUGCUGUCAGACAUCUUCGUCCAAAACAAGCUUGUCAAGACUCUAUCAGAUCUUGGACUCCACGAAGAUCUGGCCAUGACAAUUGGUGAUGCUCUCAAUGGCAUAAAGUUGAAGAAGAUGCAGAUUAUUGAGAAAAUUCAAGUUGCUCCCAAAGAAGACACUUCUGAUGAAGUUCGUCAGAGGGAUUAUCCCAUUGAUGACUUUCCUAUUUGGUCCAAGAAGGACAAUCCAGCAUGCAUUCUGGAAUAUGUCAGGAUGCUCAGAAGACAAGGUGAUCCAAUCACCCUUACAGAAUUUGUUAACACUCUUCCUGAAAGUCCUCCUAAGCUGGCUACCAGGAAAUCCAGGGGAGCAACAAGCAGCAAGCCCUCAGAUCCUAAGGGCAAAGGGAUUCUGAUAGAGGAACCUGCAAAGAAGAAGGCUGCUUCCAAGACUGUGAUCAUCAGGGAACCAUCUCCUGAAAGGCCUCUGAAGAGAACCUCAGCUCAACAACAACAAAUGUCUGAUUCUGAAAGCUCAGAAGACACAUGGAAAGACUCAUCAAGUGAGGAGACUGAAGAUGAAGACAUGCCUCUGGCUAAGAGACGCAAAAUUAUUCUUGAGGAAGAGGAAGAUGAGCAGGAUGACCAUGAGAUCAUCCAGAAUGUGAUUCAAGGUAUAAGGGAAGCUUCAGAUGCUGAAGAAUCCACUGAUUCUGAUGCUAUUCCCGUAGUGAAGAGAAGGAAGCUUCCUCUGAGGGGACCACUUCAGCAGAAGGAAACAGCAGCAGAACAAGCAUCUGAACCAACUUCAGAAGUACAGAGGGAAAGAAGAUCUAAACGGACUUCUGAUCCAGCAAGGGCUGCAAGUCUCACCAGAACCUCACCCAUCAGAAGCCUCAGUAAGGUAAUUACUGAAAGCAUUAACUCUGAUUCUGCUUUAGUAGUUAUACCUGAGCAACCUAUGCCUAUAUCUACCUCUCUGCCUACCUCAACCCAAACAGAACCUAUUCAACCUGAAACACAACCUCAAACACAGGCUGAACCUCAAGCUCCCAAAUCUCCCAUCCAAACAGCUACCACAGCCAUCCCUUCAACUCCAAUUUACACCUCUUCCACAUCCAUCCCAACUGAACCAAUACCUCAUUUCAAUUCCUUCAUUCAAGGUAUUGUUCAACAUGAGGCCACUCUGAGAACCUUAGUUCAACAGUUCUCUCCCAAGCCUGCAUCCACUUCACACACCCUCCUCAUAACCCAGACUGGUGAGAUCCCUGCUGAGGCAGAAAAAGAGGAUGAUGAUGAUGUUCAGAUCCUUGUACCGCCCUUCAAUGUGAAGCCUCUUCAGCAAAUUGCUUCCAAUUUUGAAGAUCAGAUUCCAGAUGCUGGUGAGACUUCUUAUGUGUCCUUGUCCAACUACUCAGCAGUCAACUCACAGGAUCUGAGUUUCACUUCACCUGAGAAGGCUGUCACCUCAAGGCAAAGGCCAGACACUAUCUCAGAAGCUGAGCACAUGGCUGAAUCAGAUCACUCAGGGAUAGUGAAGGAUCAUGAGAUUGCUUCCACUCACUCAGAACAACUCAGACCUGAUUGCUCAAAUGCCUCAAGCUCAAAUACUGCCAAAACUUCUCAGCCUGACUUAACUCUGGCAACCUCCCUCAGACCUCAGAAUCUUAUUCAGCUUAUUCAGGAAUUCUCUGAAGAGGCAACCCGAAGACUUCAAUGGUUAUAUCAGGUAACUGAUAAUCAGCUUGAUGCCUCCUUUGUGGAUAGUCUAUGGUCUGCAUUUGGAAGAUGGUCAGAGAACAGAGGUUAUGACUUUCAGAAGCAGCUGGACAGUGAAAAGCGCAUUAGAAUUCAUAAUGCAUCUGAAAGAGCAUAUGAGCAAAGGCAGAGAGUGCUGCAUAAGGUCUGUGAACCUUUGAGAAGAGCUGUGGCUGCAAGAGAUUCUGUCAUCUCUGAAUGUACUUUAGAUGAUGCUGAAAUAAUAUCAGAAGAGGCCGCAGAAGAAAGUUCUGAAGGGAUAGUGAUUCUGGAAGAUGUUGUUGUUAAUGAAGUUGAGCAGCAAGAACAAAUUCAAGUUGAUACUGCAAUGUUUUCAGAAUCUGAAGUUGCUACUCAUACUCAAGCUCCAGAAGCUCCUCCCUCAGCUCCUGCUCCAGAAGUUGCUACUCUUGCUGCCAGAAUUGACCGCAUUCAAGAUGAUCAGCAGAGACUAUUUUAGAUGGUUGAGCAGCAAGGGAUUGUUCAGAUAGAACAGAGCAGGCAGAUUCAAGAAUCUUCUCGCAGAAUGGAAAAUAUGAUGAAACUCCUGCUUGAGAAUCUUCCCUCCUCUUCGAAACCUUGAAUUUCCUCUCAUUUUUCUUGCAUGCAUGUAUUUGUCUUAACUGCAUUAAUUUUAUGUUGACUAUGUUAAUUGCUUUAUCUAUGAUUCAAUGCACCGUUCUUAGUAACUCACAUGCCUUUAUGUUUUGUUAAGUUUUAUGCAUGUUUUUCUGUUACUUUUCUUCCUUAUAAUCUCUGCAAUCCUUCUUCUUCAUCACACCGCAAUUCACCUCUCCAUCAAUCGCUUCAAUAUUCCUUAUCUUCUUGUUCAAAAAUGACCACUGUCGAGUUAAUUUCUGACCUCAAGACUAUGGUAUUUGACCAAGUCUUUCCAUGGAGCGUAAAUCUAUCUUCUUCUCAGUUCUCUCAAGCUAUUGAGAAGAUUGAGAAUCUUCUGAAAUGUUGGCUCACACCUCAUCAAACUUAUUGUCUUCAGAAUCUUCAACAAGUUCUGAAUGAUCUCCUCAGUCUGAUCGCUCGUCGGAAGGACGUUGAAGAUCAAUUUCAGGGCAUUUGCAUGCUUCUGGAAUAUGAAGAAGAUCACCAUGCCGCGGAUCAAGAGGCUGUCCAGGAGAAUCAAGCUUUGAAGGAAGACCUGGCUACCCUGUUAGCCUCAAUUGAUCAGGACAUACGUCCUCUGCACCUUCAACUUCUCUACAUGAAGGACUCUAGAGCCUUCCUAUGUAUUUAGGAUUAGUCCUCUUCAUUGCUCUUUUGCCUUUGUACUCUUUCUCCGUUCAUUAAUAAUAACGUCUGUUAUUUGCUUUUCGUGUUAUUGUUAUUGUUGAUUUUUCACUCUUUAUGAUUAUGACAAGAAGGGGGAGUACACAUACAAUGGUUUUUGAUAAACUUUUAUACUAUAUAAAACCAGUAGAGGAGAAUAAGUAUUAAAAACUUAUAGCACAUAGAUUUUGUCAAGCAUCUCAAAAAGGAAUACAUUUUGACGCCUCAUUCUAAUUAUAUCUGGACAAGACUAUAUGCUAUUAUGUGAUAUACGUUAAGUUCUGAACCAUCACUUCUGAUGAGUAUACAUCUAUUCAAGCGUAAAAUCUGAUCACAUAACCAGACUCCGAAUCUAAACUCUUCACCAAUUCAUCAAGUCAUAGAUUCAGGGGGAGUCAGGGGGAGACCCUAGCUCAGAAUCAGGUGCUGUCCUAGAUUCAGAAAGAUUAAUGCAAACCGUUACACAAGGAUAAGUUUAACUUCUAAUCUUUUCUCUCUUGUGUAUUCAGUUUAUUGUGUAAAAAUUGUUCAUCAAAAUACAUGUUUUGUCAUCAUCAAAAAGGAGGAGAUUGUAAGAUCAAGGUUUGAUCAGUAGUUGCAUCUCUAUGUUUUGAUGAUUACAAUUAAGGUUUGUGAUGAUGAACAAUUGUGGUACCCUAACGUUUGUCUUUUUAAGUUGUGACAAACAGGUUCUGAAUCUGACCCAAGCCUAUUCGUUCAGAAGAAGAAGAAUCAAGGGUUACUAAAAAGAGAGUUUCUCAACCUACCAUGUUCGCAUUGAACAGUGGCAAAACCCUCAGAAGUUCUGAAGAUACAAGCUCUCAAGAGGCUCUGAAGAACCAGAGUCAGAAGUUCUGAAGAUUAGAUGUUCCAGUGGAACGGUUCAGAAGCAGAUAGACUCAAGUUCUGAAGACCUGUAAGAAGUUGGUUCUGAAGACCCAAGCUAUUCUAGCUCUGAUGUUCAGAAGUUCUGAGGAACUUAUUCAGAAGUUGGUUCUCCAUUCUUUAGUUUGUGUGAUGUGUAUUCAAAUGUAAUAUUUUAUCUGCAUUUGAUGAAUUAGUUGGGCUUACUCCUUGGAGUUUCUAAGUCACAACUAUAUUGAGUCUCCAGUGUUGUCGCUACUGUUGGCCCCGGAAGCAGUAGCAAAAACAUGCCAACUUUAAAGGAGUACGGAACCAAUUUGACUGACAUAGCAGAGGAGGCUGCUCUGGAAUCCAGAAAUGAAGAGGAAAGGUUAGGUGUGGCAGAAGAAUUCAAGGUAGAGGAAAUGAUUGAUUUGGAAAAUACUAACAACUGCCAUGACCCAAAGACACUAGGAAGAGCUUGAGAGAUAUAUACCUAAAUUUGUAUAGGAUUAAGAAUUAAAAAAAUGCUACAAAACUUGAUACAAGACUUGCAUAUUAAUGUUGCUAGAAUAUUCUUACUAAAAACAAGAAUUAUAAUAAUAGUUUAAUUUACUUUGACUUAA